AGGUAUACACACACACAAACACACACACACACACAAACACACACACACACACACACUCAAACGUACUACACUGAUACACAGGCAUCAAACACACAAACAUCAUAUGUAUACACAUACACAAAGCCACACAUACACAUACCUACACCGACACACACCCACACCGACACACACACACACACACACACAUACAUACGCAGACACAUGCACAAACCCACACGUACACGCGCACGCAUGCACAGACAAACACAUGCACAUACGCAGCCGCACACCCACUCCCAUAACCGUCACUACAACAGCAGCCGGCAGUCAGUUGUACAACAGAACUCUAAAGAAGGAUACGGUCCUCUCAAACUAAGCUUUACAUUGUAAAGAUAACGUUUAUAUCCAGCCAGAGCUUCGAGUUUUAAACGAUGAACACACAUCUCUUUCGGAUCAAAGACAUUGCUGCUGAAGACAUAAACGCUACAUGCUAGCAUUUUUUUUUUUUUUUUGGAGUUGGAAAUCGGAGAAGAAAUAACAGAGCAUAGAAAGGAUGUGGAUGAUAAUUAUAGCAUUACUGCUUUUAUUCCAUACUUCCCUGGGGGUUGACCUCACCUACCAUGUAGAAGAAGGUCAGGUGCCAGGUACGUAUGUAGGAGACAUCGCUGCCGACACGCAUCUUCUAGAAAGUUUUCCCCCUGAGGAGCAUCAUCUUAUUACUUUUAGUCUCUUGCAAGAGAGCACGGCAAGCCAAUCACAAUUGUUCAACGUAUCAAAGAUAGGCAAGCUGUACACUGCACAGACGUUAGAUGCAGAAACUCUUUGCAAAUACAACACUAAGUGCUUCAACAUGCUGGAAAUUGCUGUACAACAUAAACAGUCGUUUCUUAAGAUAUUAGAAGUGCGAGUGAUAAUUGUAGAUGUGAAUGAUCACAAGCCAGAAUUUCCUCAAGAUCGAGUUGAGAUAAAACUAUCAGAAGAUUUCAGUAAAGGAACAAGAAGACUUAUACCCAAUGCUAUUGACAAAGACGUCGGGAGUUUGAAUUCGCAAAUCACAUACCAGCUAAAAAACUUGAACGAUCCAUUCAUGCUGCUGGCUUCUAAAAAAGAGGAUAAUCUGGCAAAGCUUGAGAUUAUUUCGAAAGAAAAACUCGAUCGUGAAGUGAAAGAUAACUACAAGUUGCAAGUUAUUGCCAAAGAUGGAGGUUCUCCAUCGCAACAUAGUAUCUUGAAUGUUCAAGUGUUUGUUACAGAUGAAAAUGAUAACCCACCAGUUUUUUCUCAGAAACUUUAUAACAUAUCUAUUAAAAAAUCACAGCGGAGAGAUAUGCCAAUUGUUUUAUUAUCAGCCACGGAUAUAGAUUCAAAAGAAAAUAAACAGAUUUCUUAUAAAUUUAACUCAAAAACAUCAGAUGUUGCAAAAUCAUAUUUUCAAGUGAAUAGUAAAACAGGGGAGGUGUUUUUAGGAGAAAAUUUCCCCUUCGAUAAAAGACAAACAUAUCAAUUAUUAAUUGAUGCCCAAGAUAGUGGGAAUCCACCUUUAACUUCCACUGCUGUAGUUGUUGUAAAUGUAAUCAAUCAACAGAACAAUGCCCCCAAAAUAGAUGUAAAGUUUGUUUCCAAAUCUAAAGGAAAUACAGCAACAAUCUCAGAGGGGGUAGAAAUAGGUAGUUUUAUAGCGUAUGUUAAAGUGAUUGAUAACGAUAUGGGUCGGAAUGGUGAGGUCAGCUGUGAACUGAACCAUGAUAAAUUCCAGUUACAGAGUCUCGGAAGGAGGAAAUAUAAGGCAGUGAUUAAAAACAAAGUAGAUCGAGAAUCUAAAAGACAUUUUGAUUUUAAAAUUGUUUGUACAGAUAAAGGAUCGCCUCCAUUGCAGACGGUAAGGAAUUUCUCAAUACAAGUGAUGGAUGUCAAUGACGUACAACCACGAUUUACCAAAGAUGUAUUUAAAUUCCUAACUUAUGAGAAUGAAAAGCCAAACUUCCCAGUUGGUUUUAUAAAUGCCACUGACCCUGACCUGGGGUCAGGAGGCCAAUUAUCCUAUUAUAUUCUCAAUGAUAAUAAGGGAAUGCUCCCAUUUAAAAUAUCUAAUUUUGGGUUUAUAUCAACAACCCAGUCGCUGGAUCAUGAACAGCAAGAUAUUUACAAAUUUAAGAUUUUAGUCAAAGACAAUGGAGACCCAUCCCUAAACAACACAGCAGAUGUAAUCGUCGAAGUUAUGGAUGAAAAUGACAAUGCUCCCUAUUUUACAUUCCCUAGUGUUGACCCCUUUAGUUUAGAUGUCCAUCAUCACCCCCAGAGUAAAAACGACAUCACAGUCUUGAGAGCUUCUGACCGAGACAGUCGUGAAAAUGCCUUCCUCAGGUACGAAAUACUUGGAGGUAACGAGAAACAACUGUUUACAAUCAAUCCAUUCUCAGGAGCUCUGUCUUUCUCUCGCAUUGUUUACCAAAAUGAUGCUGGAUCUUACAUUCUCCAGUUUGCUGUCAAAGACAGCGGCACACCAGUUUUGUCAGCGACAACGACACUGUCUUUGACACUGACGGUUAGUAACAAAACAUCUAGAAUGUUCACUAGAGUUGAUGUGCAGUCAGACAAGAUGAUUCAUAUCAACCUGGUUAUCAUCAUAGUCGUUGCUGCCGUCAUAGUGUCAAUGGCUAUUGUAGUCUCCAUCGCAGUCUGUUUAAUCAGGAGGAACAGCCAAAGGAACAUUCAGUACUGUGAUGGAGAAGACCCUUCGAAUAAGUUCUUAGGUGAAAGCAAACAAUCUGAAUUGGUCUGCAAACAGAUGUCCCCUAAAUAUGACAUACCUGUUCCCAUAGUAACAGAUCUCGGCAGCCAUAGGAACUCAUUAGCAACUUUGUUGAGAAGAGAAUCUCAUUCGACCUAUAAAUCAGAUGACCAAUGGAAGGGAAUUCAACCUCAGCCAGAACGACAAGAAAUACACCAGCUAACAAGUCACCAAGAUGCAGCCUUGAUCGUCUCUGACCGAACUAAAGAGAAAGAGCUAGUAGCGAUUGUCCCCGACCGUUUCAGUGAAAAGUCUACGACGUCCACUCAUGCGGAUAGUGGACACGGCUGGAAUGCAGGCAACACUGAACACUAUGAAGAGUUACCAGGUAUAUGUUGAUACAAAGAUUGAGGC